AGCCACUUUCAUACGCUGCAAGUUGCCAAUUCAGCGGUUUGCCCAGCGCGCCGCGCUGCUGCGGGUCGGCGCUGGAAACGUGGGCUGGGACGGCGGUGGGGGUCCGGUGCGCUCGUCCCAGCGGCAGGGCGCCUGCGGAGGCGGGGGAGAAGCAGGCUCCGGUGUACAGGGCUCUUCGCGGCGAUGUGUGUGAUGGGUGAUUCUGGUGAAGAGGGUGUUCUGAGAAGGGUGGAUGUUGAGCGGUGCCCCGGAUUUGCGUCAGCGGGACACCGGUGGUUAUCUUGUACACUUACAGUGCCUGACUUUCUGAGGAAACCACCGAGACCAAAACCCACCUCACUGAACUCCUGCUAGAGGGCUUGGACUGGAGGGUUGAGCGCUGCCUUCCGAGAGCUCCCUCCUUUCCGGGAGUUUGUUCUCUCCAGCAGAAAUCGCGGCUGACUGGCAAGAGCUUGGGGCAGGCAAGGGCAGAUGAGAUCUGGGGGAGGGCUGGCCUCGGCAGCGCUGGCGCCAUCAACAGAGCUGCCCGCGAGCCUGUGAUGCUGAGCUCCUUGCGGGGCCGCUCUUUCCAGGUGGCCGGGAGCGCUCUGCUCACCUCUGCCCUGCUGAAUCAGUGUUUCCUAACCUCAGUCUUGUGGUGCCCUGUUCCAGCAGACCAAAACCAGAAACUGAACGCCUCCCCUUGAAUGAGGUUUCCAGACACUUGCUUUUCUUCCAAGUUCCCUGAAAGACCACCUCGACCCAGGGAUCUGUGGUGCGGGGAGGCCGCCACGCAGCUAGUGAGGGGUUGAGUGGAGACAACUCAGAGACACUUUCUGUGGUCCACUCUCAUGCCUUCCUCCCAGUGGAACCAGCGGGCUGACCAGGGAGGCACACAGCAAGGAGGUGGAGCAGGUAUACCUGCGCUGCUCAGCAGGCUCUGUGGAGUGGAUGUACCCGACUGGAGCACUCAUUGUUAACCUGCGGCCGAACACCUUCUCAGCUGCCCAGAACCUGACUGCGUGCAUCAAGCCUUUCAGAGACUCCUCGGGGGCCAAUAUUUAUUUGGAAAAAACUGGAGAACUGAGACUGUUGGUGCGGGACAUCAGUGGCGAGCCUGGCCAGGUGCAGUGCUUUAGCCUGGAGCAGGGAGGCCUGUUUGUAGAGGCAACGCCCCAGCAGGACAUCAGCAGGAGGACCACAGGCUUCCAGUACGAGCUGCUGAGUGGGCAGAGGGGGCUGGACCUGCAUGUGCUGUCUGCCCCGUGCCGGCCUUGUAGCGACACCGAGGUCCUCCUGGCCAUCUGCACCAGUGACUUUGUUGUCCGAGGCUUCAUCCAGGAUGUCACCCACGUGCCAGAGCAGCAAGCGUCAGUCAUCCACCUGCGGUUGAGCAGGCUCUACCGGCAGAAGAGCAGGGUCUUUCAGCCAGCGCCUGAGGGCAGUGGCCACUGGCUGGGCCAUGUCACGACACUGCUGCAGUGUGGAGUGCGGCCGGGGCACGGGGAAUUCCUCUUCACUGGACAUGUGCACUUUGGGGAGGCACAGCUUGGAUGUGCCCCACGCUUCGGUGACUUUCAAAGGAUGUACAGUAAUGCAGAGGAGAAGGGCACAAACCCCUGCGGAAUCAAUGUGGACUGACAGCAGGGCGACAUAGUACUGUUCUCAAAUGAGCCACGGUUUGUGGUCUCAGUUGCUCUGUCAAUACUGAUAGAGGCUGCAGGCUGGUGGCAUGGACCCAGCCUCGUGGUUGAACUGGGAAGGAACACGCUGCUCUGAUCCCAUUAGGUCCCAGCCAAGGACUCCCUGACCCAUUGGAAAUGCUGUAAAAUGCAAACUAAGUUAUUAUAUUUUUUUUAAAGAUG